AUGGGUAACAGGCAAAGUUCCAAAAGAAGGGAGAGUCAGAUUGUACGUCCAAAUUUGGCAUCAGCUGUCAAUCCAUCACUUCCACCUGAAGCUGUCAAUACACUUGCAAACUGUUUGAACCGCCUUCCACUUGUUCUUGAUAAGAGGGUACGGGAUGAGGUGAUACGUCGGGUGGAACUGGUCGAGACCCCUGAUACUCCAGAAAUUCUUUUAAGGAAGGGUCAAGAGCCAUCUGGAAUUUAUGUGCUUGUGUCUGGAAAUGUAAAUGUUGUGAGUGAAAAUGAAAAAUAUGUUCUGAGAGAGAUCCAAGCUGGUGAUUGUUUUGGUGAAGUUUCAGUCCUUUUUAAUAUCAAGUGCACUGCUGACGUGAAGACAGUGAACAGGUAUAGAGAAAUAUUCAGGUGUUUGAUUUAAAUCUUGACAGUGGUGCCAUUUGUGAAAGUUCUUUUUCGUUUUUCAAGUAAUGAAAAAUUAUUGCUUUGUAAAGGUACUUACAAUUACUUCAUGUUUUAGUGAAAUAAAUAAAAAAUAAUCAAACUGGUGAUUUGCUGUGUUGCUAUGAUGGAAAAGUAAGCAAAAUGCAAUGGAUAUGGUUGUUGAGAAAUUAGUAAUAUUUUUAUGUGAAAGGAAAUAUUAUAAAUCAAGCAUUGCUUUUAAAAAAUGAAGUGUUAUUUUUAUAACACUGUAGUUUAAUGAAGUCAUUUUUAAACUUUUAAAAAAAUCUGUCAAUUCUUUAAUGAUUCUUUGGUCUUUAUAAAGACAUAAGAUGAAGAUAGUUAUAAAUGCAAGUGACUGAGUAGCCUCUUGAUGUACAUAAUGUCGUGGAAAAUUAUUGUGAGGUAUAUAUUAUGUGUUAUUGACCAAGCAUGCGGGCAGGAUGGCUGGAUAUUGGCCAAGUUCUUUUUUGUUUUUUCAUUGACCAAGACGAAGUAGAGGUCAAUAUUCAGUCCAUCUUGACCAAAUAAAAUUGGACAAUAAAUGAUUUAUUAUAUGGCCAAAAAGUAAACAUUUACUUGCGGGACCAACAUGGGAAAUCCCCAGCAGGCAAGAUUGACCCCUCUUGCCCGCUCAGGUAGCCAAUCAGAAUGCAAGAUUCACUUCAUCUUGACUGCUCGCGGAUUCAGCCUUAUAAUAAAGCAUUUUACACCAGGAUCUUAGAGUUAUUUAAAAUAAUUCAGGUUUCCAGGCACUUAAGUCUACUUUGGAUCACUUUGCUCCUCUAUCUUUUCAAGUGACAUGUGUCCAUUAUCUUUUUGUCUUUUACAAGUUGUGUAAUUUUGUUGCUAAAAACUUCUGAUGCUCGUCAACUGUUUACAUUUCCAAGUGAAGUGACGCUGUUGCAGUGGUUUCAACAGAGGUUAGUGACACCUAUCUUAUGUGCUUAUAGUGGAUGCUAAAAUAAAUAAGUUAAUUGUGAUAAUUAUGGAAAACCUGUUUCUCCUGUUGUUCCGUUAUAUAGCAAUGUGACACAUGUAUAAAGUUUAGGUCCUGUUCGCACUAUACAAAUUUUUUUUUGUUUUGCAAAAAAUCUGGCAACAGGAAGACAUUGCUAGUUCAAAUAAUUUUUUUGACGUACCAAAAUUUUCUCAAGCGUAACCAAACUUCAAAGAUUCCAUCCAGAAAGUUCGGAGACCUACAAUUUUUUGUCAGUUGACAAAAUCCUCUGUUCUUUGACAGCUAUGUAUAAAUGCUCUAGGCAAUUUGCUACAAAUACAAGAUGUUGUACAUAGCUCUGCCAACCAGCAUGGAGUAUAAAUGUUAUUGCGGUCAAGUGCCUCUACAUGUGUAUAACUAAUAUAAAAAUUUGUCAGUUCCAUCUAAUUAUGUUAUUACCUGAGCUAAAAGCUGGGACUGAUUAUUCACAGAAAAUGAUAAUUAUUUUAAUUUAUUAUCUGUGCGUGUUUGUGCUAUUAAUAGGAGAUACUUUGACACCAGUAAACUGUUCAACAGUCACCAGCUGUCUCGUGAGAUUGCCCUUGAUGCGCUACAAAGGGUAAGAUCAUUAUUUAUUAAUAAUUGAAAUUAUACCAAAAGUAAUUUAGGAACUGUAUUGAUCUCUGUUUUCUUGAAAAUUAUUUCAAAAAAACUUCAAAUAUCAAUUUUAAGCAAAUUUUUAAUUUUAUUACAAGUAGAUUCCUUAAAGUAAUUUAUUUUUGUAUUAUAGUCUCCAGUGUUGCAUGGUUGGAAGAAAGAAGCUUUAGAUGCUGUAAUAAAAACAGUUAAACCUGGUAAAUUAAACUUAAGUUAAAAUGAUACUAAAAUAUCAUUUUAUUAUUUAAAAAUAAUAGUAAUUUGAACUAUUCAAAUCAGCAACCCCUGACUGAAAAAAAAAGGUUAUGGUUGUGUAGACUACUGAAAUUGAUUGAGGAGCACCAUAACAGUAAUUUAAUUCUAUGCUGCCGUAAAGGUCACAACUGAUCAUGGAAAAACUUCUGAAUUUUAUUUGCUUUUAAAGUACAGUUUUUACAUGUAACAUGUACUUGACCACGGUUUAUUCAGGGUUUGCAUAUUUGCCAGUCAACGAGAAAAAUGUUUAACAGAAAAAGAACAGGCAUUUUUUUAAAGAAAAGUUAGGAACGAAUAAAUACGUAAAUUGUUACAUUGCAGAAAUUAUUAUGCUGUAUCCCGCAAAUAGCAUUAUUACCAAAGAAGGAUGGAAGGGGCAGGAAAUAUUUAUUCUUGUUCAUGGACAGUAAGUACAUUGUACAAAUUGAUAUUAUAAUCCUUCCUGUGUCACGUGUAAUUGGUUUAAUUCACAUUUUUUGUGUUUAUAGUUUGAACUGCUUUAAGACUGAGUGACUGCUGUAACUGAAUUUUAAAAUGAAAAAAUAGAAACCCUCUGUUUAAUAAUACAGUGGAACAUCCUUGUGACCACCCUUAUUAGAUUCAAAACAUCAAAAUUUUCCUAUAUAGUCAAAGCUCUGUGAUAAAAUUAAACCUCUCAUAAAAUACUACCCUCUUCAUUGUUUUUAACAUCUUGUAAUUAACGACUUGGUGCAUGGUCUGACCUCUGACCUGCUGGUUUGACAAACUGAAACCACACAUAUCAUAGCUUAGAAAUUAAGUGCAAUAAAUUCUCUUCCAAAAAGAAAAUGUGAUGGGACCUUUCUUGGAAGAGACCCCUUGUGGUUUGAUUUCCAUGAAUGACUAUCUCCCAUAAGCAACCACUAAAUUGCAUUUUGGGCAGUGACUUAUCGGAGGUUCCACAUUUUAUAAUGGGCAGUCUCUUGGUGUUGGGGACAGGUGCAAUCACCAAAUGACAUAAUUCAAAAGCAUGAAAAGACACCGCACAAUACCCACACCACAACACAAUAACUAACCAACAAUAGUUUCCACAACACCAAGAAAAACCUGUUUAAUGCACCGUGCCCAAAUAGACUAGGCACUGAUAAGGUGGUGUGGCAAUCUUUACAGUAAAUAUUAAGGGCACUAAUUUUUAUUUGCCUUUGCCUUAGAACCUUUAUGAUGAUCCAUGAUCCAUUCAAUUUGUUUAGGAGUUUUCAAACCAAAGAAAAAUUUGAACCACAAUAACAUGGUAUUUGAAACUGAGACAACAUAUGUUCAUAUGAACUCACUGGUUACUCUAUUUGUACUCAACAGGGUGACAUUUUCCACAGGGGACCAGGAGCUUGCUACAUUUGCUGGUGGAGAAAAAGGCUUCUCCUUUGGUGAAGAAGGUAUGUUGAUUAGCCGCCCUUUAUUGGGCUAUACGUAUGUGACACCGGCCACAGUUGAUUGGGUGGCCCUGACAUUUGUGGACUUGAAGGUGCAUAAUGUUCAGUAGCUUUCCUAUCACUAAUUUGGAUCUUUCUGACCAAUAAAAGUGUCGCAUUAAUUUAUUCUGUGACAAGCAAAAUAAAAGUUUAAGGAUUGUAUGUGCAGAGUCAGGGAGCUGCUAACAUUCAGCUGUAAUCUGCAGUGCUGUUGUUUUUAUCUUUGAUGUUUGCCAUUUUUCAUAAGCAGUCUCCUCUACUAACUAUAUGGUCAUGAGUAUAUUGCUGCUGUUAUUGUCAGUUCACAUAUCUUGUAAAUUCAUCUCUCAGAUCUUAGUAUUCUAACAAUUCAACUUUAUUCACAUGUUGAAAUCGGUCUCGCUUCCUUUUUUUGUUCAACAUGGUUACAAGCAUUAAAUAGAAAGAUAAAUUGAUUCACUGAGAAGAAAACCAAGCUGACAUAAGAAAUUGCUCAAAAGAUGAAAAAUUAAUGCCUCGAAAAGCAUCUACAUGUACUUACACUAGUGUGAAUUGUCUCUGUUUUCGGUUUUUAUAUUCACAUAUCUUCACUUCUUCUCAACUGCUAGGAAAAACUGAGUUUUAAAUCUCGCACUCGCUUUUAAACCUACCCUUAAGGGAAUUUUGGGGACACAUUGCUAUGGCCAACCAAUUUAAUUAAAUAACAGCUUCUUUACAAUGUACAAUGCUGUAGGUCAGUUCUGUGCUUUAUGUGAUUUUAUUAAGUGCCUUUACCCAUACACAAAAUGCACCUGUAGAGUUGUGAAGAAGAUAUUAAACAAAAUAGUUCCACCACAGGGCACUCUGCACUAACCAUGACAUUUUUUUGGUGAUUUUACUGAGAAGGAAUAUCAUCAAAAAUUGAAUAAGCUGGCCCAAAUUUUCAAGUUUCAAUCCAUGUGGAAUCCUCGCCAUCCCUUGCAACAGAAGUCAGACGAGUAAAGUUUCAAAAACAAAACCCAGCUUCUUCUUCUCAGUAACUGCAGCCACUUGUUUUUUUCUUAAGGGGGUUAUGUCAUGUUAUAGAUCAGUGCUAGGACUUUUUCUCAUCAAUUGAAUCCCAAAAAUAAUGGUCCAGUUUGAAUGGCACAUGUACAUGUAUUACUAAUACAAUUUUUUUUACUGCCUCUCAAAAGUGACCAUCUCGUAGAUAACAACAUUUGCUGCCAUUAAUUAAGGUUAAUUUCAGACUGUUGUGGUAUAGGGAUGUUGAAUGUUUGUCAGAAGACAGUGAUUUCCCGCCAGAUGUUCUUAAACUAAUUUAAAGUGAAUGUUGUUAUCUAGGAUAUUGUCACUUUUGUGAAAGUUUUGCUAUAAUAUAGCAAAACUUCCAUAUGGAAGGAAUUUAAUUGUUACCAUAAAUAAAGUAGUUUUGAUUGUGAGUAUACAACACCAUUCAAAUUUUGUGUGACAUUGUACUAAUAAAUGCUGCAAUUUACCAUUCAGGUUUUUUCACUGGGACUGAAAGAAGAUCCACUGUGAGGUAAUAAUUCAGGUAAAACAUAAUGUAGACCCAUCAGGUUCCCCUCUGAAGAAUAGGCCAUCGUCAUCUGAAAAUUACUACUGUCACAAUCUUUCCAGCUCUAGAAAAGACAUAAUAACAACAUAAUUAUUUUUUACUCUUAAAAAAUUGUAUUAGCUAGGCUGUGCUGUAAGGAAAAUUAAGGGGAGCCCAGUGCUCUGAAACUUCAAAAUCAAGGGUGUCCAUAGCAUUUGAUUUGUAUGAAAAAAGAAAGAUUUGCUGGUCACCUGAAAGCAAAAGUUAGGCACCAUGGGCCACCAGGCUCUGCUAGAGCACAGCCCUGAUUGUAUUUAAUAAUAAUAAUAAUUAUUAUUAUUGUGGGAUACAAACUACAUGUACAGUGAUUUUGUUUCAAAUAGUUAUGGUGAGUCCUGGGACACAUAUUGUGAAAAAUCAUGAGUCCCUGCUGUCCAUAACCAAUGAGUUCCAGUUCAAAAUAACAAGGAAUCCUAAAUUGAAAAUGCUUGGGUUUUUAUGAAAGCAGACAAUUAAUCUAGAGACAGAUGCCGAAACUCUUUAUUACAGUUUACUGAAAUUAAAAUGUAUAGUCCUUCUAUAUAUUUAAAGCACAAGAAAGACAAACAAAUAUGCAUCUUUAAACAACAGCCACAGAAAUCACACGGACAGGAUAUAAUUAUUAUAAAUGUAUGAAUGAACUUGCUGAAAAAUAUAGUCACAAAAAUAUAUUUCCAGCAGGAAAAACGGUCCUCAUUGUUCUCAAAAAUUACACGAACCAGUAUUAUUUUGUUGUCGUGAUUUUAUACUGGGGGAAAUUUUUCUUGCCAGUGGUGGUGGUGGUAAGGUGGGGGGGGCUUUUAUUUUAUGCAACAAACUUUAUUGAUUUGCAACUGAACUAUACACAGUAUUGUACACAGUCAGUCAAAGUUUUUGAAAGUGACCUCCUUGAGAAUGAGCAAGUGGUUGCAACUAAAGCUGGUCAUUUAUCAGAGUAGAUUCUUGUCAAGUUAAAAAGCUGAAAGUGAAAAGAAGUAUUGUUUGUUCUUUAGGUCAUCUGGGCAUUGCCAGGUCAUUACGCUUCGGGAAGAAAACUUCCAUGAUGAUUUCAGUCAGGUUUGUUGAAAUGAUAAUUUAUUUAUUGUUAGAAGACCUUUUUGUUAUUACUAUUCCAAUAGGCAAAGAAAAUGUGGACACAUAAUCCAAACUGAUGUGUGGAUGUAUCAUAUUGACUUUAUAACAUGCCACUUGAUCCCAUACUGUACAUAAAUAGUGUUAAUGUUUAUGGGUGGUUUAAAAGGUGUGAAUGUGUUAAGCUACUACGCUGUAAAUUAUCUGUCUAUUGUGAGGUCCACUGUGAUUUGCCUGCACAGUUUUGACCAGGGACCUUGUUAUUCCUCACUUGUUGCUGUUGCAACAUCUAAUACAGCCGUUUUGGGUGGGCCAACAUGUUUGUUCAAGUUUCAAGAUGUCUUGAAGACUUGUGUUUCAUAGCAUUUUGCAAAUUUCAUAUAAAUUUAAUGAACAUUGGUUAGAAAGCUAAUAACAUCCCAUGAUAUCUAAAGCGCUUUAAUAUUAAGGUUUCUAAUUUCAUUAACUUUGUCAGUUAUUUUAAUUUUGUUCCCUGCUUGCAGUUCACAGCAGAAGCAUCUCUACUGCAAGAACUGAAUGUAAAGUGGAAACAACAAGUAAACCAGAGAGAUGCUGAGUUGUACACAAAGUAUGGAGGUGCUUUGGAUCUCGAGGUUUGAAACUUUCUUUUUUUUCUUUCCAUUUACAUUGAUGCUCAUAUACAUGUAGAUGCCUGUAUAGAAAUAAUUAUUACAUUGUUCUUUGCAUGUUGUCCAUACCUAAAACACACUGACAAUUGUCUGCUAGGGACGUUUUUUUUUUCUUUUUUUUAUUAUUUGUGAUCAUUUCUUUCAUUUCCUCGUUACGUUUUUGUUUUGGAUAUCUAUAGAGCUUGAGGUGAAUUUUAAUAUUCGUACAGUGUCACAACUUUAAUUUUUUGAAAUGUUUUUGGGGGAUUACAUUUAGCUUCAUGUAUAUUGUCUUGCUAUGAUACCUUCUUUUCAAAACAAAACUUGUUGAUUAACAGUGUUUGUUUCUGUUUUGGUUUUCUUAGAUUUUGAGGAUGACUUUGAAGCAGGUAAAUAAAAUGGUUAAAGAGUGGUGAUUGCAGUCUCAGACAAAAAAAAAAAACUUACUUGUACCCUGCCUUUUUGGAUUAAAAUAAUUUAAACACUAUGAUGAUGUUAAUUUCACAAUUGCGAAAUAUUAGAUCUGAGGAAUUAAUAUAUUUUUUAAAGUUUUAAUAUUUGUCUCGUCCAGGAUUGGGUUAGUGACCAAGAGGUAGUAGAAAAGGAGUAUUGCGACUCCCCCCUUGACGGAAUGCUAGUCCAUCGUAGGGUUAUCCCCCAGCAGUAUGUCGCCGGUACCCAUUUAUACACCUGGGUGAAGAGGGACAAAGUGGAGUAAAGUUCCUUGUCUAAGGAAACAACGCGAUAGGCGAGGCUGGAAUCCCGGACCUCCAGAUCCGGAGUUCGAGGCGUUAACCACUCGGCCACACACGCCUCCACAAGUGGCCAAGAGAUCCUUAUGAUAGCAUUCACAACUGUUGGUGUAGGGAAAAAGUUUAUGAAAACUACUGAUGAUCUUGUCAAAUAUAAACUAAUAUAAACAUUACAAAUAAUCUUGUCAAGUACGAAAUACUGACUCGAUAUUACCUACAUUCACUCUGGAGAAAUGGUUGCCAAAUUAAAUAAAUUAGAAUUAAAAAAAAUAAUAAUUGAAAAGAAACGAAAACGAGCAGGUAAAUCAGUUUGAAUUUAAAUGGUUGGGGUUUGUUUACCAGACAGAUGAGUUCCAGCACUGUCCUCCUGGUUUUUUAUAUCUUAUUGCAUUGUCCAUGGUCAUCAAGGAAGUUCAAGCAGAUGAAGCUGUGCUGUCUAAGAGACAAUACCAAGAUGGUAAGAUUAUACUGUUCUACAAAAUUUAUCAAUCACUAAUAACCACGGUGGUACAGAUAGUCCUACUCAGUGAAUCGACUCUUAUAUCGCCUGAUGAAGACCUGCAGUAUGGGGUCGAAACGUCGCGAUCAAUAUCUAGGUGAAUCAUGAGACAAACUGUAAAAAAACCGCUUAUAUCAUUUAAGUUGUUUCUGUCUUUUGAGUUGUGAAAAUUCACAUAAUCAAUAAUAAAAAAAUAAUUUCCGUUGUUUACCCUCGGCAGUAUUUAUAGCACUAAUGCUAGUGGGGGCGAGCAAAUUCCUAAAACGAACAAUUUGAAUGAAACAUAAUGUGGUUAAGAAUCCCAACUGGCCUGAGGCAAACCAGUUGGCCUUUUACAAGCGUGGUCAAGGAUUUGGUUAGUGAUGACGCGUCACUACUUAAACCUGGGUAGUAUAAAACAUCAACCAAAAGGGAAAAGUUUGUAUAUACAAUUAGCAUGUCGAGUCUGUGGACAAAAAUGCUUAAGUGUGAGCAUUCACUUACCCAGGUUUCUCAGGCCAUUUGGCGAAAAUUGCCUAUUUGUGGUGUUUUUUUUAUAGCUUUUAAAUAUUUUUAAUCUUAUUAUUGUUAGUUUUUCUUUUGGUGAAAAAUGUGUUUAAGGCCUCGUCCAAAUUAAUCCGUAUAUUUUCGAAACCACAUUUUUCUACGGGAAAAUUAUCGACCCACACGAAAACAGGGAAUCCGCGUGAAAUAUUUCAUUCGCGGACUAUUCGUGUAAAAAAUAUGAAGUUUCAAAAAUACCCUGAUUCGUGUGGAUGAGAUCCGGCUUAAUCAAGGGAUGGUAGCAUCUAUAGGUGGUUUUCACGUUACGUCAUUGCUGCCAUGCUGGUGGACGGUAAACAAAAGAUCGCUCAUUAGCUCGUUUUGUUUGUCCACCAGCAUUUGUUCAUUUCACCAUUGUUAUUUGUGUCUCCCGAGACUGCAUGAAAACCACCUAUACCUAACCCGAAUCUGAAAUCCCAGUGGACGGUAAAGAAAUGCACAAAAUAGCAUGAUGCACGUGCGAAGUUGUUGUUUUGUUUAUUAAACCUACAACUGUACUGCGCUUUUUUUUCCCGUUCUUGUUGACGUCGCCGUUGUCGUUGCUUAAGCUCUUUACUAUUACCGUAGGCUACAUACUCCACCAUAUAGUGCUGAGUUUAAACGUGUCCGCUGUUAGGAGCUUUACACAGAUGGAAAGAGUAUUUUUUAAAAUCCUUUUUUUUAAGUUACCCUGUUUAAGGUUGGUUUACUUGCUGAAAGAAAAGAAGAAAACUAAACCAAACAAAACCAACCAACCAACCAACAAAAACAAUCGAAUACGAAGACACGUACCCUACUGUCUAUGAAUCGUACAUGGCUUGUGAAUUUUAAGAAACAUUUUUUCUCUUCCAAGAUAGAUAUUGACGAUGUUUCCUAAGUUGAAUGAUUGUUUGUAUGUUUUUGUAGGUGGUACUCUCUUUGUAGUACUCCAAGGAAGUGCUGAAGUGAUGGAAGAUGAUAUACCUGCAUCACACACCGUGGGGCUUAAACAAGUCUUCUGUAAGCAGUAUUUUCGUUAAGUCCUGCUAACCGAUUGAAUGCACUCAAAAAUUGCCUGCUUCUGAUCAAAUCAACGCUUGUUGGGCGGGCGGGGCGGGGGAGGGGAGGGUAGGUGGUGGGGGUUGUAUUAAGUGACAUUUGGUCAAAAACUCGUCACAGUUACAGCACUCGUCACAGUCGCAUCACUCGUCAGAGUCAAAGCACUCGUCACAAUCACAACACUCUUCACAGUCACAACACUCGUCACAGCCAACAGACUCAUCACUGUCACAACACUCGUUUUCAAAUUCCGUUUUUUGACGUCCAGCACAGCUGCACAUAGGUUAUGCAAUUUCUGGCUGAAUUCGUGGGUUAUUCGAUAACAGCUUAUAAAAGUAUAGCGUUUUGCUAAUAAUCAAUCACACGAAAGUUGUGGGUUUAUGUAGUUUCAGACCACUGAAAAGACCUUGCCCGGGUUAUUCAAACGAUGGAUAGCGCUAUCCACCGGAUAAAUCACUAUCCAGAAGUUAAGUAUUAGGGAAACCAAUUGCGCUAUCGAGUGGAUAGAGAUUUAUCCAGUAGAUAGCGUUAUCCACCGGAUAAAUCACUAUCCAGAAGUUAAGUAUUAGGGAAACCAAUUGCGCUAUCCAGUGGAUAGAGAUUUAUCCAGUAGAUAGCGUUAUCCACCUUUUGAACAACCAGCCAGCCUGACAAUUAAUUACCCGUUUGUUCCUUCCCACAAUACUCGUAGAUGUGAUCAUAUCUAAGUUUGUAAAGUCUAGUAUGUUUUCGUACAGAUAUCCACAUCAGAUUUCUCUCUCUGCAAGCCUAGUUUGUACCAAAAGGCCUUGCAGACAUUAAACAAUUUCCUGUUGCCUUAAGGCUUAAGAAUUGUUACGCCCGAAAGAAGGAUUUUUGAAAACGUGUUUACCUAAAAUCGCCGCUAUUUAUGAUUGUGUCAAUGGACCUCAGCCUCGCUAUCUGAUAAUAUAUCUGGUCCACGAUUAUUGGCUCGCUCAAAGUUCUGCAUGCAAUCAGUUUCGAGCAUUGUGUAUAGCCUGACAAACAUGCACCAGGUAUGCUUUACGGAUAACUGUUGAAUUACAGAUAAGACUUACGAUAAUAGAAACAAAGAGAAACAGAAAUGAAAUGUUAGUAUACGUAUUUAUUUAAAGGAAUCUGCUCACAAUGAACAUAAGAAUUGUGAAGACAACAUGUAGGAUAAUAUUCGUGUUGAUAUUGAGGUUAACGAACUCAAGCUGCAAAUGAGUUUGACUAGCUCCUAUCCUGUCUGCUCUUUUGUAGGGAAGGCUGUCAACAUGCCUGUCCGGGGAUGGGUAAAAGCAACGGAAUUGUGUGUGGCAGCUGUUUUCCCAGAGGGGGCAGUAAGAGAAGCCGAGAGUACAUUCCCGGAUGUUGUACUUCCCAGACCUUGA